GCAGCACUGCUGGGCUGCACUGGUGGGUGGCACUGGUGGGCAGCACUGGUGGGUGGGCACAGGUGGGUGGCACUGGUAGGCACAGGUGGGUGGCACUGGUGGGUGGGCACAGGUGGGUGGCACUGCUGGGCACAUGUAGGUGGCACUGCAGAGUGGCACAGGUGGGGGCACUGCUGGGCACAGGUGUGGGCACUGCUGGGCACAGGUGGGGGCACUGCUGGGAACGGGUGGGCGGGGCUAGUGGGCGCACUGCUGGGCGGAACUUGCGGGUGUCACUGCUGGGCACCGAUCAUCAGGGCACUG